UUUGUCAGAGAGGGGAGAGGCAAAAAAACAUUGGAAGGAUAAAGAAAGGCUUUAUUAGCAGGGCAGAUUCUGUGCUUUGAAGCGCAGUGGAAAGAAUACUCACGAUCUCUACUGUAAAUUAUUAAGUUGCACACCAUUCGAGUGUUUACAAAGCUGCAAAGGAUCGUGACAAUAUAUAUUUUAAAAGCUGUCUAUGUUAAAGAGGGCCCAUUCAUGCCGAUGCAACAAGAAUUAAGACAACGUGAACCCAGAUAGUUAGACGGCUAAGCACACAGUAGGAUGCCGUCAACCAAUCGAGCAGGAAGUCUAAAGGACCCAGAAAUAGCAGAGCUAUUUUACAGAGAAGAUCCUGAAAAGUUGUUUGUGGAUUUGCGAGAAAUUGGCCAUGGCAGCUUUGGAGCAGUUUAUUUUGCACGAGAUGUUCGCACUAAUGAAGUGGUGGCUAUCAAGAAGAUGUCUUAUAGUGGAAAGCAAUCCAAUGAGAAGUGGCAAGACAUUAUCAAAGAAGUCAAGUUCCUACAGAAGUUAAGGCAUCCAAAUAGUAUCGAAUACAAAGGUUGCUAUCUGCGAGAGCAUACAGCAUGGCUGGUCAUGGAGUACUGUUUAGGGUCAGCUUCGGAUCUUCUAGAAGUUCAUAAGAAACCACUUCAGGAAAUUGAGAUUGCAGCCAUUACACAUGGAGCUUUGCUGGGAUUAGCCUAUUUGCAUUCCCAUAACAUGAUUCACAGGGACAUAAAGGCAGGUAAUAUCCUCCUGACAGAACCAGGGCAAGUAAAGUUAGCUGAUUUUGGAUCUGCUUCCAUAGUUUCUCCUGCCAAUUCAUUUGUGGGAACACCAUACUGGAUGGCUCCUGAAGUAAUUCUUGCCAUGGAUGAAGGACAGUAUGAUGGCAAAGUAGAUGUUUGGUCCUUGGGAAUUACAUGCAUUGAAUUAGCGGAGCGAAAGCCUCCUUUGUUUAAUAUGAAUGCAAUGAGUGCCUUAUACCACAUAGCGCAGAAUGAGUCACCUGCUCUUCAGUCUAAUGAAUGGUCUGACUAUUUUCGCAACUUUGUAGACUCCUGCCUCCAGAAAAUUCCUCAAGACAGACCCACUUCGGAGGAACUUCUGAAACAUGCUUUCGUUGUUAGAGAGCGCCCUGAAACAGUAUUAAUAGAUUUAAUACAGAGGACGAAAGAUGCUGUCAGAGAACUUGAUAAUCUACAGUAUAGAAAGAUGAAGAAAAUCCUUUUUCAGGAAGCACAUAAUGGGCCUGCAGUUGAGGCUCAAGAAGAGGAGGAGGAACCUGAGCACAGUGUUGGUAGAACGGGCACUGUUAACAGCGUGGGCAGUAAUCAGUCUAUACCAAGCAUGUCUAUCAGUGCUAGUAGCCAAAGCAGCAGUGUCAACAGUCUUCCAGACGCCUCUGAUGAUAAUAGCGAGAUUGCCAUGAUGCAGGAGGGAGAUCACACGGUGAUGUCAAACAGUUCUGUUAUCCACCUAAAGCCAGAUCACGAUCACUAUGGUGAAGAGGUUGAGCACAGACCAAGGUGCUCAGAACCGCAGUCACCACCCCCAGUUUCACGGCAUAAAUCACAUUACCGGAAUCGUGAACAUUUUGCCACAAUUCGUACAGCUUCCUUGGUCACAAGGCAAAUUCAAGAGCACGAACAAGAUUCUGAGCUUCGAGAACAGAUGUCUGGUUACAAGCGCAUGCGACGUCAGCAUCAGAAGCAACUAAUGGCACUGGAAAACAAACUAAAAGCAGAGAUGGAUGAACAUCGACUGCGACUUGAUAAGGAGCUCGAAACACAGCGCAACAGUUUUGCUGCAGAGAUGGAGAAACUCAUUAAGAAACAUCUUGGUAUUAUGGAAAAAGAGACCAAAGCAGUUUCUACUGAAGAAAAGAAAUUUCAACAGCACAUACAGGCACAGCAAAAGAAGGAAUUGAGCAGCUUCCUGGAAUCCCAAAAAAGAGAAUACAAACUACGUAAAGAACAAUUAAAAGAGGAAUUGAGUGAAAAUCAGAGUACCCCAAAGAAGGAAAAACAAGAAUGGUUGUCUAAGCAGAAGGAAAAUUUCCAACAUUUUCAGGCUGAAGAAGAAGCUAAUUUACUGCGGCGCCAACGCCAAUAUCUAGAACUGGAAUGUCGACGUUUCAAGCGGAGAAUGUUGCUUUCACGUCAUAACCUUGAACAGGAUCUAGUGCGAGAGGAGCUGAACAAAAAGCAAACACAAAAAGAUCUGGAACAUGCAAUGUUACUGCGCCAUCAUGAAUCCAUGCAGGAGCUGGAAUUCCGCCACCUCAAUACCAUACAGCGUAUGCGCAGUGAGCUCAUUAGACUGCAGCACCAGACUGAGCUCACCAAUCAACUGGAGUACAACAAACGUCGAGAGCGGGAGCUGCGGCGUAAGCAUGGAAUGGAAGUGCGACAGCAGCCCAAGAGUCUGAAGUCAAAAGAGUUGCAAAUCAAGAAGCAAUUCCAGGACACUUGCAAGAUACAGACACGGCAGUACAAGGCACUUCGCAACCACCUGUUGGAAACUACUCCUAAGAGUGAACACAAAGCUGUGCUCAAGCGACUGAAGGAUGAACAGACAAGGAAACUAGCCAUACUUGCAGAACAGUAUGAUCACAGUAUCAAUGAAAUGCUGUCAACACAAGCAUUACGCCUAGAUGAAGCUCAGGAGGCUGAAUGUCAGGUGCUGAAAAUGCAAUUGCAACAGGAACUUGAGCUGCUGAAUGCAUACCAGAGCAAAAUAAAAAUGCAGACUGAGGCGCAGCACGAGCGUGAACGUAAGGAAUUGGAGCAGAGAGUUUCUCUACGCAGAGCCCUACUAGAGCAAAAGAUUGAAGAAGAGAUGCUGGCACUGCAGAAUGAACGCACUGAAAGAAUACGAAGCUUACUGGAACGUCAAGCACGAGAAAUAGAGGCUUUUGACUCUGAGAGCAUGAGACUUGGCUUCAGCAACAUGGUCCUUUCUAAUCUGUCUCCAGAGGCUUUUAGCCAUAGUUACCCAGGAGCCACCAGUUGGUCUCAUCACCCUUCUGGAGGAGCUGGACAUCACUGGGGUCACCCCAUGGGUGGCCACCAUCCAGCCUGGGGUCACCCAAUGUCAGGUGGAUCCCAACCAUGGGGACAUCCUGCUGGCCCAGUUGUUGCUGUACCCAGAGGAGGUGGUAUGGGGGUCCGCAACAGUCCCCAAGCUCUCAGGCGGACGGCUUCCGGGGGCAGAUCUGAGCAAGGCAUGAGCAGGAGCACAAGUGUUACAUCGCAAAUUUCUAAUGGUUCACACAUGUCUUACACAUAAUUUUAAUUGGCUGGGGAACAGAUGUGUUACUGCUGUCAUGCCUCCAUGCUCUGCAGAAACCGCCCCAUUUGCAUCAAUCUGAAAGCCCUCUAUUGGUACUGCGGUUGUGAUGCAGAGUGCAGGCAUGUUUGUUUCGCCUUUCAGGAAAAACAGGUCUUUUGUGUUGAUACAGAAUCUUUUCAUUUGUCAACAUUUCAUACUCUAUCUGUUUGAUCAGUCCUUGAAAAAAAUGUGAACAAAGGCCAAAAGAAAAUCCUUGCUGAGCCUGGUUCUCUGCAGCUAGUGCAGUGUGGCACAGUGACAUCCCUUUACAUGUCCUUUGUAGCACUAUUCCUAAUUGGUGGCUUUAGUAAUUUUACUUUUUAAAACAAAAAAAAAAAUACCUUUGAUUGCCAUUAGUUUCUGCUGGCCAUUAUACCAUAUACUUUUCAAGGGCUGAACCAGUAAUCUCACCAGCUGCUAACCAAUGUUAUAUUUGUUUGCCUGAGGCAUUUAUCUGCUGAAAUUGAUAUAUAUGAGGAAAAAACGUAAAAGGGUUAGAUUCUCUUCCAUGAGCAGAAAAUGAAUAUAGUGAACAGACUGGAAGUUGGGCUGUGUUUGAAAAUGGGACCGUAUUAUAGUUUGAUGCAGCAUUUGGUAUUUAUGAACAGUCUCAAACCUGCAUUUGUUUAGUGAACACAGGUCAGUUACUCAUCUGGCAUUAACCCUUUGCUACUUUUAUCUGUGAAAUAUUUAGCCACUAACAAGUCCAAAAUAUGGACACUAGUUAAUAGGAGGAAUAUUAAUUUUAACUAAUGCAUAACAUUAGUGAUGCCAUAAGUAAAUCGCCAAAUAAUAGAUUAAAGGAAAAACUGCCUUCUGCUAAAUCUUUUGAUUAUCCCCACUCCAUAAUUUUCAGAUUUUUUUCAUUAAGUGCAGCAUACUUUUUCGGUGAACCUUCACAUGUCCCAAUGAGCAUGUCACGUGGCUUAAAAAUGGUGAUGCUGCACCAUAGUGAACAUGUUCCAAAUUUAAAGUAUUUACAAGCUACCAUAGAAAAUGGUUUUAAGCUCUACAUAUAAGAACUAACAACGCAUUACCAUUACUGAAACCCAUACAUACUGUUCUUAAAACAGUUUCGAUACAGAACACUAUUUUUAAAUUAUACAGAUAGUAUAAUUUUAUUUUUAAUAAGUAAAAGUUAAGUGUUUUUGUAAUAGGCUGUUGUACAAUAUGCUCUGACCUUGGACGCAUGUCAGAAACAAAGUUACAUUGUGCGGGUCUAUGAGUUGUACAAUAAUCUAUUGCCACUAUGCUGUGAAUGUUAUUUCCCUUCAGAAAAUACACUGCAGUAAGUAAAACGCUUCCCUAAAAUUCAGGUUACAUCAGAAAAGUUUUUUUUUAAAUUGAAGAAUGUAUGUAUCUGUAAAUAUGUAGUAAUUUGGAAUUGCUGAGCUGCUGGCCUAGUUCCUGACUUUUUUUUUAUACUGAAUUUAGGUUCUUUCAACAACAACAACAAAAAAGAACUUAGUGCCAUUAUUAGCACCAGUGAGCAUGCCUAUGACUUUUUAGCAUUCUAUGUAUCACUAUUACUACUCUGUAGUAUAAUGUAACAAGUCUUAAUGUGUUAAACAAACAAGAAAUACAUCUGAAAGCUAUGCUUGCUUCGCAUCCUUCCAGUGCUGACUGAAUGGGCAGUAGAAAAUUCCGUGUAUAUACUGCAUUCCAUAUCAAAAAUACAUUUAAUAUAAACUUAUGUUGAAGUGACAUUAAAUCUUGCCAAUAACCUAAGUUUUUCUUCAUGCUGUGUAACUUGUCACAGAAUAAUUGUAGUUGUCAUUACUUUGCCAAAAUCAGUAAUGUGAAUAGGAAGGCAGGUUUGUUUCCAUAUGUUUAACUUCAGUGUUACUUGGGCAAAGUUAGAAUUAUUCCCCUCAUUACUUUAUGUGAUUGGUUUUACUCUGAUAUUUUAAUACUGCAUUCCUGCCCUAUAGAUUGAUGUUUGCACCCUUCUCUAAGAAAUUGCAAAUUAUACAUAUUAUAAAAGACUCAAUGCUGAGAAUAAGAGCAUGUUUCUACUUUUGCGAGUUGACAGUGUUCACACAGACCAUUUAUUUAUAUAGGGUGCUUGAAUAACUUUUUAAUAUCAAAUUUAGCUUUAAGCAAAAAAAUAAAUUCAGUGCCAUUAUUAGCACCAAGGUGCUUGAAUGAUUUUACAGGUGGAAACUCGGAUAUUAAUAUUAUCAAUAUAGUCAGUACUGUUUAAAGGCAAUUUAUAAGAGCCCACCCAGUAUUGUUUACUUCAAUAUUUAACAAGAGUUUGGUGUGACACGUUCACCAUUUUCAAAUAUCCUUAAUAGCACAGGCAAUGAGAUAAUGGGAUAUACUGACCCUUGUAUUAAUAUAUCCAUUGGAGGACGGUAGUGAUUAAGAUUUUUGAGAAUCAUCGUCUAUUCUGUGAUUAGCUACACUGUGAAAGAUUUGCAAAGUCCAUUCAGACAUCCAUGGCUGAAAAUCAGAGCUUGCUACACUGUGACAGGCUGUUAGCUUAUUUUACAACCAUGGAAAUAUUGAUGUUUCUUAAACAUGAGGAAUGUUUAUUUGUAAAUUGAAUUUAAGAUUAGAGUUUAGUUGCAAUAUUAAACUUCUAUCACCACAGUAAAAUGCAUCUUUAAAUAUAGUGUUGGUUUAGUUUUUGUUUUGCAAAGGUCUUUUAAUUUAUCAUUCACCUCCUUUACUUUAAACAUACCCCAUUUUUUGAUAAAAGGAACCAUUUGUAGUUGUAUUUAUAGGUCUAUAAUUAUAAUUUUUGGGUUUGACACAUCAUUUGGGAAUAUCGCCUAUUGUGCAAAGUUGAGUGUCAUCUUUUCAAUGCCUUUUACCAGUGCUCUGUGACCUGCUUUUAGAAGGCUCAUGAGAGUGUGCCAGAAUGAUUCUCUUCCCAUUUAGCUGCCCUUUCUCUUCCCUAAGCAGGAAAUACUUUGCUCUCACUUAAUUCUCUACCUGAUUGCAGAGUGUAAAUCAGAACAAUUUCAUUGGGAGAUUAAUUGGCAACUUGCCAUACCGCAUAUUGAAAUAUUGUACAUUAUCAUGUUAUUCAUGAAUGCAAUUUUUAUGCAGAUUGAGCAAACAGAAUGAACAGUCAUAACUUUUUAAAAUUCAUUUUACUUACUGAUAUACUACCUCUGCCCAGUAGAUGAAUUAGAAAUUUAAAUUAGAGCAAAAAUGCAGUUAAAAAUAAUUGUAGUGGGAUUGUUAAAAAUUCAUCAUGCACAGUGACUGAAAAUCUUUCAUGUCCCUCACAGACUUUUCUAAUUCAUUUAAAAAAAAGUGACCUAAGUAAAUGACUUUAACACUGAGAACAAUGAUGAAUAUCAGCAUUGAUGCACAUCAUAUUAUUUCACUGGAUUUGAUUUGCUGCUCUGGAUCCUUAUAGUUGAAUUCGUACACUAAAACUUAACAAUAACAAUACAACUUACCUAAUCAACUUUCAAGAUUUACUCUCUUAUGUGCUCUAUUUUCCCCCUUCACUUGCAGGCAUACACACACACAAACAAACACAAACAUUUGCAUAUAGUCCUUUGGUCUAAACUUGGCCAGGCAUUUAACUUUUUGUUACACAGACCCACUUAUUGUGUAAGAGUGCUUUCCAGAAUCUGUGUGAUCUACUUUUAUCUCCCUGACUUUGCGUUGGAACAUAAAAUUGUAGAACAGUGUGAUGUAAUGGUUAAUGUCAAUGUGUGAUAGAGAUAUACAUAGGUUUGCAAAGAAGAAAGUGUCAUCCCUUUCAUGUGGAAGUUAAGAUGAAUAUGCUAUAAUCCAGUUUUCCAUUUGGUAAGUUGUUUUCAAAACAAAAAAAAAUUGACUGCUUAACUCUAAUUUCAAAUUAAAAAUGAAAAUUCUCAUUUGAAACCUGCUUUUCAGGUAACUUCUGCAUUGGUAACAGGUUACAAAAAUGCUGAACUCCUUUCUAAUGAAAUAUAUGAAUCAUAGAGUUAAAAUAAAAACGGCACUGAACUAGAACACUUCAUUUCAAGGUAGAAAUCACCCAAGGUAGCUCUCUUCAAAGUAUUGACUGCAUGUUUUAAGUAGAAGCUAGGUGGUAGUGCAAAAUACUAUGACAAAACCGAGAAUGGAAAGAAAGCAGCUUAACAAAAUAGUCAUUGCCAUGGAUGUUAUUUGUUUUGAGAAGCAAGAAUAGAAGUGUGCCAAGUGUUGCUUUUUAUAAUUGACAAUAAUGACAGGGUUUUUGAAGGAAUGGUAGAAGUACAAAUUAAAAAUGUUACAAUGUGAUAUUGUAACAUUGCAUUUUAUACAGUGACUUCACAAUCUUAAUUAUCUGCAAUUUAUUUUUACUGCAAUGUUUAUGACUGGCUUUGUUAGUUUUUAUGCAAGAUGUUGGCUGGGAACAUAAGGUCUUAACUGAUUUUUAAGCAUAACAUCACAGCAAGGCUGUGGUUAGCUUUAUGGAUUAAUCUUUGCCAGCAUAAAUUGCUGACUAGAUACAGGUAUGUCCUAGUUUUGGCCAAUUUCUCUGCUUAUAGGUGAAAACAUCAAGCAUACAUUACACAAAGUAGGAAAAUGUACUUCAUAUAGGUACAUUUAGUUAAUUUAUAUCUACCACUUUUAAAUAAUUAAGGAAGUAAAACACGUUGAUUAAAAUAUUUGCAGCAUUGUCUAUUUCAUCAUUAAAACAAAAUGUUUACAUUCACACUCUGAAUGAAUAUUGUGAUCAAGUUCAAUAGCUGUUAUAUUUUUUUACUUACAAAUCAUAAUUGCAGCUAACCACCUAUGGACUCAGAAUUAGCUGCAUGUGGCUUUGGAUAAUGAGUUUGACAAAAUGCAGUUCAAGCUGAGGACAAUUUGAAAAUGAAAUAUGAGCAGGGGAGAUAUAAAAUCAAAAAUGAGAAUCCACCUGUAAGAACUGUUCCAUCUGUAAAAGUCAGACCUUAAACUCCAAAUUUCCAAAUUUCUUAGCUCUGCCCAUCCAGAACCAUUGUAAAGUUUUCCAGCAUGCUGCCAAUGCACUUUUACCUUGAGCUUUGGUUUGCCCCUUGCCUUGAUGAACUGUUUGAGGAAUAUCAACCAUUGGCCAAUAUUACUGCCCACCAGUCAGGACAGAAGGAAAGGGAGCUCACCAAGAACAACCUAGUGCUAAAAUCUGUAGAAUAUUCAACUGUAGGUUAUUAUGGUAUAGUAGUAAUCUGUUAACGUGUAGUACUGAGCUUUACCCACCGUUGAGGUAGGGAAUGACUACAUGCUGUUUGGUAAGCUAAUCUAAUGUCCUUAGUUAUAUAAAAUCCUUUUUCUCUUGCUAUAGUUGUUGCUGGCUCUGAACAAAAAAGAAAAAUCACAGCUCUUAUCGGGGGUUCUAAAUAACUUAACGCAAUUCCAGUUUUAAAAAAAUAUACUAUUGACUGCAUAUAUGAAAGAUGGCCUAAUGACUUGACAUCUUGUAAAUGCAUAAUUUUAUUAACAAUUUCUUUGCAGUAAGAUAUUUAUAUGGUGUAAAGGGUUAAAGAAAACCACUAAACCCACACAGUACUUGAAGAGGAUAUUUGUACUAAAAUGUUCAUUACUAACAAUGCUACUAUCUGAAUCCCUUUUGUUUUAGUAUGCAACAAAAAUAGUUUAAUGUGCAUUAGUAAUGGAUGAGGGACUGAGAAAUGUUAAUAUUGUACAUUUUAAAUAGCUUGCAGAAAUUGUGACAAAAGCUUGAGAUUUCUAACAUAAACAUUAAAAAUGUUUUAACACUAGUCCCAUGGGGUGAAGACAACACAUCAUGAAUGUAUAACCUAAUCUAACCUAGAGCAACUGGCUGGUUUUAAAAAAAUCAGCAUGUUUGAGCUUCUUCAACUUUUAUCCUUACAUUUCUAUUCUGUUGGUUUCUCUGCCUAAUUCUGAAUCUUAUUUGCACACAUAUGGUAGUAAAUUCUGAUUUUUAAAUUUUAACAACCAAAUCUGCUUUAAUCAAUUUUUUAGCAAUGUUAUUCAAGUUGUUCAUAGCUGGUUACCAAUGAGUUCCUUCGCUUAUUGGUAUUUCUUUUAAAAAUUGUACAGUAAAAAUGUCAGUAUUCUGGUAACUUCUGGUUCAACAUACAUUAGCUCAUAUAACCUGUAUUAAUUGUAUAGAUUGUGAAGUUAAGCUGUUACCAAGUGUCAGAAAAAGAGAAUAGGGUCAUAUGUAAUAUUUUGUUUGUAAUUACCCUUUGUAUCAUUACAAAGGAGAUGUUAAAAUCAACUGUAAUAAAGUAAUUUUAGUACAAUUUGAGUAUUUGCUU